ACGUCAUGAGCGUCAUGACUCCAGUGUUUUGAUCGCUCAUUAUUGACCCCUGCAAUCACAUCUCCACGCCCCCCAGAAAAACAACAAAGUGUCAUUAUCGAUAAUUAAAUCCCAUCAAUUCAAUUGAUCCCAAAAAUUCUAGGGGUUUCAUUUAUUUUAAAUGAAUAAUCAAUGGUUAACCAAAUACCAAUACCCCAAGCGAAAUACGAGUUAUUGAAUACUGUCAUUCCAAAGCACUCGAGGUGCAGCAGGAUCGUGUGUCUGACUCUGCCACUCCUGAUUAUCGGGUUUUUAUUCAUCAUUGCUGGGGUUUGGAUCGACGUCCAGGGGGUUUUAGGCAGAGGUGAACAGGGGGAAAUUAGGGAGAGAUUGAGGAUUGAGAAUGCCGAGACUUUUGCGUGGCCACGCAGGGCUAGGAUGUACGCCGAAUCGGCGAAGGAAAACCAAAAUGUUGACAGGAACUCAACCCUUGACUCAGUCCCGCCCUCACCCCACAGCCCCUCUGACCCGCUCGUCGUCUGCUACUACACAUUACCGAGAUUCCUGAACACGUCGGGAGAUCUCGGUCCGUCGGACCUUGACCCUCGUAUUUGUACGCAUAUUAUCGUGGGUUUUGCGAGCGUGGUGAAUAGCAAAUUAUUCCCAGGUCCCUUCCCCAGCAUCUACACCGAUGUUUCCGCCCUGAAGAAGAAAUUUCCAAAGUUGAAGACGAUGAUAUCAGCUGGGGGUAUCAACGAGAUAGACUCUGGUUUUCCGGAGAUGGUGAAGACCCACGCGAGUCGAAAAGUUUUCAUCAAUUCAGUCCUAAACAUCACGAAAAUGUUCAAUUUAGAUGGUCUGGAUGUCGACUGGGAGUUCCCGGCGUGGCUGGGGGGCAAGGAACGAGAGAGAAUUUACUUCGUGCAGCUUUUACAAGAGAUGAGGAGAGCUUUUGACAGAAGUGGAAGACAAUUGAUCCUCUCAGCAGCGGUCGGUGCCCCAUCAGCAAUAAUCGACGAGAGCUACAACGUCCCUCAGAUUGCAGAACACGUGGACUUCGUAAACCUGAUGUCUUAUGAUUACCAUUACUACGUAUGGUACCUUCCGGUGACUGGACUGAACGCCCCUCUGUACUCUAAUCCCCUGGAUGGAGGCUACUCCGCGACCCUGAACGUUAAUUACUCGGCUUUCUACUGGGUUUCCAAGGGGAUGCCCAGGGAGAAGAUCGUGGUGGGCAUUCCCACGUAUGGGCACUCGUUUCUGCUGGAUAACGAGAAUAACCAUGGGAUCAUGGCACCUGCCAAGGGGUUCGGACACCUGGGGGAACUGGGGUUCGUCAGAUAUUGGGAGGUCUGCGAAUUCAUCCGGAAGGGGGGCUCUAAGGUCUUUGAUGAGGACAGCAGGACUCCUUAUGUCUAUGGGGGACAGGAAUGGGUCAGCUUCGAUGACCAAGUCAGCGUCAUGGAGAAGGUGGAGUGGAUAAAAUCGAAUGGAUUCAGGGGUGCUAUGAUCCUUUCCUUAAACACUGACGACUGGAAUGGCACCUGUUACGAAAAUGAAACAUUCCCACUGACGCGAGUUGUAGCCAAUAAUUUAAUGAGUUCUCGGGGAUUGUGAGGUCUUUAGACAAUUUGAAAUUUAGGUAUUAUUGAUUGUUAAAGUUUUAGGUGAAUGACAGAGAGCUUUUGCCGGAUGUUACCAGAGUCUUUCUGUAGGUAAUAUGUAUACGAUUGUUGCAUAUGUUGUUUAAUAGCUCAGUAAUAUUUUAAGAGAUUAAUUCCAUUGUUGAGUGAAAAAAGAAGACAUUAUUUUUCCUUAGAAUGUCAAAAAUUUUCUUGAGUCAAUAAUUUUGGUUUACUUCUUUUAUUUCCAUUUCGAAAAUAUGAAUUGGUCCUUUAAACAACGAAAUGAAAAGGAAAUGUCGAUUUUUCAUCGAAUUUAAUCCAUUUUACAAUUUUUAAAUUGAGUUUUCACUUUGAAAAAUUGAAAAAUCAACAGAAAUGUGUUUUGAAUGUCCAGAUAUUCUUUUUACUCAACAAAAAAAGUGAGACCCCUCAUUCCAAGGUGAAUAAUCCAACAAAACGCAUCUUCAGUAAUAUUAAACUAAUUUAAUAAUUUUCUCAUCAUGACAAUUCCAAAAACAAUUAACAAAAUGCGAGAGAAUUCUCACUUUUCAGUAUCUGAAUGUGCAAUAAACCCUCUAACUACUGAAUUAAGCACUAAAUGUUCAAAUAAUGAAACCAAAAAGUUAAUUAAUUAAUCAAUACCUCGAAUAAUAUGAAAAUAAAGGUAAUGUACACGAGAAUUGAAUAAAUAAACUCCGAGGAGAAUAAAAAUAUUGAAAUCUACGAUUGGACACUGGUUGAAAACAUGAAA